AUGUACUGCAACUUGAUCGAAAAGCUCUCAGGGCUAACCCUAACAUCAUCAACAACUCCAUUGCCACAGUCGAAGCCUGGAUGCGAAGCCAAAUGCGGUAACGUCGCAAUUCCAUACCCAUUUGGUAUAGGUCCCAGCGAGAACGGGUGUUCCUUUACCGGAGACGGACUACAGCUCUACAACAUCACAUGCAAUACAUCUUUUAACUCUCCAAAACCGUUCUUAUGGCUUGGUACAAACCUGACUUCAGGUAAAAUUAAUAUGAUUGAACUGAUAGGUAUAUCAGAUAACGAAGUGCGUGUAAAGAAAUCACCAGCUACACUGUGUUAUGAACAGAAAACUGGCAAUGUUACCCUAGACGAAUCCACAAAUUUUUUGAGUACCAGAAAUACCCCAUUUACAAUUUCAUCAACCAAGAACAAAUUAUUCGGGAUUGGUUGUUAUUCCAUGGGGUUCAUUUUUGAGCCAAAUGUUAACUUCAGUACAAGUUGCGUCACGAGUUGUGAAACUAAAGAAAAUAUUGUAGAUGGGUCUUGUUCUGGAAGUGGGUGUUGUCAAGUAGAAUUACCUAAAGGAAUCAAGAGGUUUCUAAACUAUGCUGAUUCUUUAAACGCAACAAAGGAGAGUGUAUCCUUCAAUCCUUGCAGUUACUCAUUCAUAGGUGAGUCUGAUAACUACACAUUUAAUGCUUCAGAUAUAUUAGGUACAAAUUUUCGUACCAAAGGGGCAAAUAUUCCGAUAGUGCUCGAUUGGGCUAUUGGUAACAAGACGUGCGAAGAAGCUCAAAAAGAUAUGUCUACGUUUGCCUGCCAAAAAGAUAGUAAUUGUAGCAAUUCGGACAAGGUUCCUGGAUAUUCUUGCACUUGCAACACGGGUUUCAUGGGGAACCCAUAUCUAAGCCCUGGAUGCCAAGGUAUUGGAUUAGGGUUCUUAUUUCUUAUCGUUGCCAGUUCUUUGGUAUACUUGAGCGUAAAAAGAAAUAAGUUAAAUGAACUUAAAGAGAAGUUCUUUCGGCAAAAUGGUGGUAUAUUGUUGAAACAACAACUAUCAUCAUACGAAGGUGGGUCGCAGGCUACAAAAAUCUUUACAGCAGAAGAAUUAAAAGCAGCGACUAAUAAUUAUAGUGAUAAACUGAUCCUUGGUAAGGGAAGUUUUGGAACAGUUUAUUUGGGAACUUUAUCUGAUAAAAGUGUAGUUGCCAUCAAAAAGUCAAAAGUAAUUGAUGAGAGCCAAAUUGAACAAUUCAUUAAUGAGCUUGUUAUUUUAUCUCAAGUUAACCAUCGAAAUGUGGUUAAGGUGUUGGGAUGUUGUUUGGAAUCCGAGGUUCCGCUGCUUGUGUACGAGUAUAUUUCAAAUGGCACCCUCUUCCAACACAUCCAUAACAAGGUAGACGGAAAAUCGUCAUCUUCCCUUUCUUGGAAAAUCCGUUUGAGGAUUGCAACUGAGAGUGCAGGAGCACUUGCAUAUUUGCACUCAGCGGCUUCUAUACCCAUCAUUCAUAGGGAUAUUAAGUCCGCCAACAUACUUUUAGAUGAAAAUUACACCGCAAAAGUAUCAGAUUUUGGAGCAUCAAGGUUGAAUACACUAGGCCUAACCCAAAUAGAUACACUAGUUCAGGGGACGUUAGGGUAUUUAGAUCCGGAGUACUUUGAAACUAGCCAAUUGACAGAUAAAAGCGAUGUUUAUAGUUUUGGGGUAGUUCUUGUCGAACUCUUAACAGGAGAAAUGCCCAUUUCUCCAAAUCGAUCACUAGAACAAAGAAGUCUAGGUUCAUUUUUCCUUUAUACAAUGGAAAGGAAUGACGUCUUUAAGCUUAUUCAACCUCAAGUAGCGAACGAAGGGAGGCGUGAACAUGUUAUUGCAGUUGCAGAGCUUGCAAGGAGAUGCCUCAGUAUGGAGGGUGGAGGAAGACCUACAAUGAAACAAGUUGCUGCAGAGCUGGAAAGCUUGAGUAAAUCAGAAAUACAACUAUCUGGAGUUAAUUAUCAACCGAGCCAGGAAUUAAAGCCCAAAGUAUUCAAUGAUGAACCAACAGAUCUCUACUAUGUACCUAUAAACUCUUACACCACUGGUGAUUCUGGUCAAUGCAGUAGUAUGGAAAAAGAUGUGUUCAAGCCGAUGAACAUGCUCAGGUGGUUACCUACUUCGUCAAUGUUUGUGGAUGUAUGGCUUGGAUUUAUCAUUGCUUUUACAACCCUGUGGUACGAGGGAACUUUGGUUCUCUUUAGAUUUGAAAUUCCAGGUGAAACUCGUCAUAGAAGGAAGCCAGAAAUCAGCAAUGAUACACCUCCUAAAGCACAGAAAAUUGCCCAAAAGAUGUUUGAGAAAUCGGCUGAGAGAAAAUACAAGGAAAUGAAUGGUGCAGUGGCUGUGAAUCUACUAAGAUGUUACAAUGCUUUGCUGUCAAAGAAAGUACAAGUAAAAUCCAAUCACCGGAACGAUGAAUGGUUAAAGGGAGACAAAAUGACAUUGGCGACAAAAAUGAUCGAUAAGAGAGCCUCAAAUGUGGUGGCCUGGUAUGUUUAUCUAUCAGCACCACUCAAGCCCGGCUCACUAGUUAUUUAUCAUCAAAGAGAAGUGAGAAACUUUCAAGCAGCAACUACAGGCGAGAGGUGUAUUGUUAUCAACAACACCAUACUUCGAAGCCGAGAAUAA